AUGCCGGCUCUUAGAAUACUAGACUUGGGCCACAACCUUAUACCCACCAUACAGGCUGUGGAGGCUGUGGGGCAUCACCUGAAGCUGUCUCAGCUAAAUUUAAUAGGAAACCCUCUGAUGGAGACAGAAGCAGUAGAGGAUGCAACACACACUAACCACAAUGAUGCCCCCAAAAAAAAGCAGCAGCAGCAGCAGCAACAGCAGCAGCAGCAGCAGCAGCAGCAGCAACAGCAGCAGCAGCAACAGCAGAAGCAGCAACACCACCAAAAAGAAGCACCCACCGCAGCAGUUGACAGACCAGGCAAAGAAAAAAAGAGGCAACUGCAGCAGCAGCAGCAGCAGCAGCAGGAACAGCAGCAGCAGCAGCAACAGCAGCAGCAGCAGCAGCAGCAGCAGCAGCAAGACACGUCUGAAGACUGUGCGACCGAGAGAAAGAGCAAAAAAAAGAAAAGAAAAGCGACGCAAGAAAACGCAGACACAGUGGAGCCCAGUAGCAGCAACCACCACCAGCAGCAGCAGCAGCAGCAGCAGGAACAGCAGCAGCAGCAGCAGCAGCAGCAGCAGCAGCAGCAGCAUCUGUGUUCACUCGUUCUGACUUUCUGGAAAAACUGA